AUGGCUGACGGAGAACAUGAGUCUAUUGUUUCUCUACUACAAAAUUAUUUCAAAAUUCCCAACGGUGGUGAUAUCGAAAAUCCUCCAAUAGAUGUUGUGGGUCAACCAUUUCACUAUUGUCCAUCUGGAUCUGGAGAAAAGAUUGCACCAGACAUUGCUGUGUAUCCAAGUGAGGUUUAUGUUCCGAAGCCUACUCUUCUGCAUCCCGGGCCUCCUCCUAGUGAUAGAAUUGCUAAGCUCUGGCGCCAAGGAGUGAGUGAAUUCCAAGAGUGGGAUUUUGGGACUCUUCAAAAAGUAUCUCAAGUUGCAACUGGGUGCAAUGCACCAAACCUUCCUGCUUAUCAGGUUAGCAUUCCAGUUUCAGAUGUAUUCUGGAACCCAACGAUCAUUGCAGGAGUUCCGAUUGUGGCUGGAUAUACUGUAAUGGUUCCUAACACGAUAAAUGCCAAUAAUUUCAAUAUCGAUCUAUACCGAAUUCAGCAGUUAUUAUUGAGAAAACAGAAUAAUAAUUAA